AUGUCAAUUUAUUACGUAAAAGAAAGAGUUCCCAGAUCUAGCUUCAGCUCGAACAAGCACAUUAAUUCAGAUUUCACCUACGCUGACCUUAAAAGCCGUUCAUCUAUAAAUAACAUUCUUCGCCAAAUGAACUUGCAAGGGGAAAAAGUCCUUGAGCUUGAAGAUAUGGUAAAAACUAAUUAGAAGUCCAUCCUUAUGAGAAUCCCUAUAAGUUAUCGAGAUGAAAUUCAAGCGAUUUUCCACAAUUUUAUUUUUCAAACGCAGUCAUUUAAGCUACCAAUAGAAACUUUUCUGCAUCUGUAUUGCCAGCAGAAAGCCCAUAUUCUUAAUCCCCCUUUUUGGCUAAUGAGCCAAAAAAUCUCUCAUGCUAGCCAAGGAUUUACUUUUUUUUUUAAAAUUUAUAUUAAUUCUCUUUUUUUAAAAAAUCUAUAUUUUUAUAAAUAUUUGAAAUAAAAAAUCUAAGUAUGCAAUCUGUUUUAAAUUAGCUGGAGAUCUUGCUAUUAUAAUCAUUAAUUAUAUAUUAAAUAUUUUAUAACAAAAUAUUUACAUUAGAGUAUGCUUUCAACUGGGUUUAAUUUUCUCAAAGAUAGGUUUUUCUAAUGGCUUUGAUUAUUCGCCAAGACUGAGCUAGCUCAAAAUCAAAUGAUCAGAGAAAGCCAUCUGCUAAUGAAAGCUUUUAUAGUAAAAAUAACUUACAGCAUGUACAUUCCCGCUCAGAAAUUUCUCCAGAACUACGGAGAAGAGUUCGUAAUUUAUCUUCUGAAAGAAAAUUCAUAAAAUAUGAUGAUGGCCUAAAGAAAAUAACUCCUACAAGAGAGAGGACUGCAAGCUAUACUCGAGCAAAGGCGAAAGUUAGCAUUAAGCCAGAGCCAAGCACUCCUAGUGAGCCUGCAAAUUUAGCAAAUAAUCGUUCAUAUUCUGUUAUUCACAUAGAAAGAGAAAAUAUCAGGAGGCAGCUAGAUAUGAAGGAAAUCCAGGUCGCACAAAUCAUAGAAAAUAGGAAAUUUAUAGCGAAAUCAAAAUCCCCAGCUAGGGAAAGCCUGUCACCUGACUUGAGUUUUAGAAGCAAUGUCACACCAAAAAAGACUAUGGCUGACCUAGUUUUUGAGCAGGAAAACUUUAGUGGUUAUGGAAGUCAUAAAGAACCAUCAAAAAUCAGAUAUAGUUAUAGAGACUCUGUAGAUUUUAUAAAUGAAUAA